AUCGAACUGUUCUUUCAAUCCUUAUCCGAAAGUUCAACAAAUUUCUGGUGAUGACGGUGUCCUACAAUGCUGAUGUCUCAUCUGCUUCUGGCUUUACCUUUGUUCGACUUCUGCUGCGAUGGCGAGGAUCGAUUUGGAAAUCGAUAAUGUUAGAGUUAGUAAUGUGGAUUAUUUUUUACUACAUAAUUUUCGGUGUUUAUCGAUAUGCUCUUCCAACAGGAGCACAAAGAACUUUUGAAAGGAUCGCAACUUAUUGCGAUAAGAAUCUGGUGCAUAUUCCAUUGACGUUCAUGCUUGGAUUCUUUGUUUCGAUGAUUGUCGACCGAUGGAGGAAUACAUUCAACAAUAUGGGAUGGAUUGAAAACUUGGCUCUAACAGUUGCAAAUCUUCUUCGAAGUAAUACCGCCGAAGCUAGGCAAAUGCGACGCAAUAUCGUUCGCUAUUGUGUCUUAUCUCAGGUACUCGUAUUUCGAGACUUAUCGCUAAAAGUACGUAGAAGAUUUCCAAAUUUGGAUUCGGUAGUAACUGCUGGAUUUCUUCACGAGAAUGAGCUACAAAGUCUCACGGAAAUCCGCAUCGUCUACAACAAAUAUUGGGUACCAAUCAACUGGGCUCUCAAUACAUGUGUAAAGGCGUUAGAAAAGGGAUACUUUGAAACCCCAUAUGCUAUGAUUGUUGUACAAACGGAGAUCAAAACCUUCCGUACAGCAUUAGCAAUGCUCUGCAACUUUGAUUGGGUUCCAGUGCCAAUUGCAUACCCGCAGGUUGUCUUCUUAGCUGUUCGAUCCUACUUCAUUAUAUGUUUGAUCUCGCGUCAGUUCGUUCUCGGCGAAGAACCAAUGUUCCGUAGCAUUAUCGACUUGUACGUACCUUUUAUGACGGUGCUGGAGUUUAUAUUUGUCGUUGGCUGGAUGAAGGUCGCAGAAGCGCUGUUAAAUCCUCUUGGCGAGGACGACGAUGACUUUGAAUGCAACUUUCUGAUCGACAAAAACAUAGCUACUGGCUUGAUGAUCGUUGACAACCAGUACGGUUUUUGUCCUGAGCCAGCUCCUGAUUGUUUUUCUGAUCCUGACUAUAAACCUCUUUAUUCGGAAGACAGCCAUUUGCAUGGUGCUGAUCAUGCUCUUGUGGGAUCGGCUGAAAAUUACGAUUUCACUAAGGGCGAGGAAGUAAAAAUGGUUUCUAAGAGACCAGAAGACUUUCCGCUAAGUGCGGAAUCUUAUGAGACUACACCGAAGUUCCUCAGAAAACUCAGCUCAGCACUUUCAAACAGGUCACGAUCGAGCUCAAUGGCUAAUCGCGUUGAUUUGGAGAAAGAGGAAAAUAAUGUUCGAAAACAGAGUCAACCAAACCCUGCUCUGGAGGCAGUCGCAGAGGAAAAUUACAGCACUAUCUCGACCAUAAUUAUACCAAGUGAUAGCGAGGAUGUGACAUUCGAUUUGAGAGGAGAUAAACGGAAGUAGAUUAGCGUCUGCACUAGCCGAUGAAUGUUUGGUUGACCGCUGUUCUUAUUUAUGC